AGCCCUUUAAGCCCAAAGGAAUUUCUACCUCUUCUUCUUCACCUUGCUGCCGUAUGCCCACCGUGGCCAUUCCGGUCGUCUCGUCGCUCGACACUCGGCUCCCUCCACAGAAAGGCUAAUGGCGACCGCCAUGCGGAGCACCCGCCUCCUACGGCUCGGCUUCCGUCACGUCCCUUCUCUCCUCUUCCGAGGACCCCUGUUCCCCUCCCCGAGCCCGGGCCUGGGCCUGGGCCUGAGCGUUGGCAGGGUCGGGUUGGUCCACCUCCGAUGCUCGGCGGCCGAGGCCGGCGACGGCAGGGGUAAGAAGGUGUCAGCGCGACUAGCGCUGGCACAGCAGGUGAUGCGCGACGCCGAGGAACGCGCAGCCUCAGCCGGCUCUGAUCCCGCCCCCAAGAUCACCAUGGAUCAUGUUACUGUUAGUUUUGCAAGAAGUGGGGGUGCAGGUGGUCAGAAUGUUAAUAAAGUUAAUACAAAGGUUGACAUGCGGUUCAAUGUUGAGAAAGCUCAUUGGCUUGGAGAGAGGAUUAAGGAACGGAUAUUGCAAACGGAAAAGAACAGGAUUAAUAAAGAUGGUGAACUUGUGAUGUCUUCUACAAAAACUAGGACACAGAAGGGCAAUAUUGAAGAUGCUUUGCAGAAAAUACAGGCGAUCAUUAAUGCUGCGUCGUAUGUUCCUCCACCGCCUUCAGAAGAGCAAAAGAAGAAAAUUGAAAAAAUUGCUGCAGCCGCUGAGAGGAACAGAAUGCAAAGCAAGAAGGUGCUCUCACAGAAGAAAGAAUUGAGAAGGAGCAAACCCAGCUGGGACUGAUUGCAGGAUAACGAAAAGCGCCUUCUCUGUUGCUACCUGCUAUGCUAUACUGAUGUGAUCAAGCCUUCUGCAUGGUAACUGCUGCUGUUUCCCGUAAUCUCCAUCUUGUGGUUUCAGUGUCUAUGUGUCAGUAACAUCAAUACUGCACAGAUUCAGAGACAAUGGUUACUGGCAUCUUCUCAGCAUGUUUCUUGGACGUACCUUGAGCGGAGCCUUGCGCCAGUAGCAUGGUGAAGGCAUCUUGGUGAAGAUACUACGUAGUAGUAGUUGUUACAGCCAGUUCUUUUUGGUUUUCACAGUAGAUGUAAAAAAGAACAAGGGCCAAAAACUGUGGUGGCAUCUUGGUGGGGAUAGCUUCACAGCCAGUUUUCAUCCAUCGGAAACCAGCGCCUGACGAGAAACAUUGCUUCUGUCCCAA